AUGUCCAUUAACGUUUCGGUGGGAAUGGCAAGCGCCGCCGAUCCACGAGUUCCUCUGAUGAACUUGUCUGCAGUCAGGGAGAGAUUGGAUUUGUUGCAGCGGUUCCUGGCUGAAUCGGUCAAUGGCAAAACACUAAUCAGCCAAAAUCAGAUGGAAAUGGUGUCCUCCGAAAUCUCCUCUGCCAUCCAACAGACCAUCGUCAACGGCGCCGCUCUUCUCGCUUGCUCUCAAUCCAUUGAGCCGCCUCCAAUGCCUGCCGAGCUCCGCGAUCCCCCGGAUCGGAAGAAAGGUAAAGAGCAAGAGCACGAGAAGCAGCUGUCGUUCCAAUUGAAGGAUGAAGUAGACCGGGAAGAGGGCGACUCCGACCGCAGCGGCGACGUAGUCGAGCUGGACGCGGUGGAGCUGCUGGCGGAGCACGCCCACUUCUGCGAGAUAUGCGGGAAAGGAUUCAAGCGCGACGCGAAUCUGAGGAUGCACAUGAGGGCCCACGGGAACCAAUUCAAGACCCCGGAGGCCCUGGCAAAGCCCGCCGCGGCGGCGACCAGCGACGGGACGAGGAAGUCGAGAUUCUCCUGCCCCUUCGAAGGAUGCAAUAGGAACAGGAAGCACAAGAAGUUUCGGGCUCUGAAGUCGGUGAUCUGUGUGAAGAACCACUUCAAGAGAAGCCACUGCCCCAAGUUGUAUUCCUGCAAUCGGUGCCACAAGAAGAAUUUCUCUGUUGUGGCCGAUUUGAAGAGCCACCUGAAGCACUGUGGCGAGUCGCGGUGGAAGUGUUCCUGUGGGACUAGCUUUUCAAGGAAGGACAAGUUGUUUGGGCACAUGGCCCUGUUCGAAGGCCAUAUGCCUGCUGUGGAAGGCGAAGAAGAAGAAGAAGAAGUCAAGGGAAGCAAAUUAGGCGGAGCAAUGAGGGAAGACGAAGAGGAGGAAGGCUUCUUUGAUGGGUUGCUGGAUGGAGUUGGUGCUGGGUCUAUGGAGUGCAACCGUUUGCAGGAUGUUUUGGAGUAUCCUACAUCCUCCAAUUGGGUUACUGAGAUGUCAUCGUUUUGUGGAUUUGAGCUGUGA